CCGUUAGCUAACGUUAGCUUAUUAGCUUGUUAGCAGCGUCUCAUUCGGGUCAAAUCUGGUGAAUUCAGUAGGCUACUCAUCAGCAGCUUUUCUUUAAACAGAUUAUUCUACAAGUUGUAAAGUUAAAGCUAGAAUAGUUUGUAGUAAAGACUUGACCAGUGGGUAUAUGAGUGUCCUCUUCAACUUCUGUAGUCUUAAUUAGCCACUUGUUAGCAACCACCAUUUUAAGACAGCAGACAGGACGUAGUCUGCACCCUCCAUGUCCUUACUAUGCGCCGCCUGACCUUCCACUGAAUCGCUCCCUCCGCGGGUCUCCACCGCGCAUGUUUGUGCGUGGCCCAUCAUGUGAUGUAACGCGGCCACACAUCGAUUAAAUUUCGGAGGUGAGGGAGAUUUCAGCACCGGAGCUGUCCGAAAACUGACGGAUGCUGCUGCCGCGUGAACCGGUGAUGCUGAGCUCGAGCUGCUGAUCCUCUCUCUCCUCUCUCUCUCUCUCUUUCUCUCUCUCCUCUCUCUCUCUCUCCUCCUCUUCUCUCCCUCCUCUCGCUCCUCUCCUCCACACGCACAAAACGCUCUGUCAUGGCGUCUUCCAACCAUGUUACCCCCACCAACUGUAGCUGGUGGCCCAUCUCAGCGAUGGACGAAGACGGCAAAAUCACAGACGGGGAGGAGUGCGAAGAACCGACGGCAGAGCCCAAACCCUUCAGUAAAGACAGGCUCGUUUUGUAUCACUGGACGCAGUCGUUCACCUCCCAAAAGGUACGUCUAGUCAUUAAUGAGAAGGGUCUGGUCUGCGAGGAGAGGGAUGUGAGCUUGCCGCUGCAGGAGCACAAGGAGCCCUGGUUCAUGAGGCUGAACCUGGGUGAGGAGGUGCCUGUCUUCCUCCACGGGGACACCAUCAUCAGUGACUACAACCAGAUUAUAGAUUACCUGGAGAAAACCUUUGUGGGAGACACGGUGGCGCAGCUGAUUCCUGAUGCAGACUCGCCUCUCCACGAGCGUGUGCAGCAGUACCGUCAGCUGCUGGACGGUCUGCCCAUGGACGCUUACACGCACGGCUGCAUCCUCCACCCAGAGCUCACCACUGACUCUAUGAUCCCAAAGUACGCCACCGCAGAAAUACGUAGACACCUGGCCAACGCUGCGACGGAGCUGAUGAAGUUGGACCACGAGGAGCCUCAGCUGACAGAACCGUACCUUUCCAAGCAGAAGAAGCUCAUGGCAAAAAUCUUGGACCACGAUAACGUGAACUACCUGAAGAAAAUUCUGGGGGAGUUAGCCAUGGUUCUAGAUCAAGUGGAGGCCGAGCUGGAAAAAAGAAAACUAGAGUAUCAAGGUCAAAAGUGUGAGUUGUGGCUAUGUGGACCUGAAUUUACACUAGCUGAUGUCUGCCUCGGAGCCUUGUUGCACAGGCUCAAGUUCUUGGGACUUUCUAAGAAAUACUGGGAGGACGGCAGCCGACCCAACCUGCAGUCCUUUUUUGUGCGUGUGCAAAAACGCUACGCUUUCCGCAAGGUCUUGGGCGACAUCCACACGACCCUCCUGUCGGCGGUCCUACCCAACGCCUUCCGGAUGGUAAAAAAGAAGCCACCGUCCUUCUUCGGGGCCUCUUUUCUCAUGGGCUCGCUGGGAGGGAUGGGCUACUUUGCCUACUGGUUUUUAAAAAAGAAAUACAUGUAGUGAAUGCCCUCUUGUUGUGUUAAAUGUCUGUGUAUUUGUGUGAUGUUUCAACUUUUCUGUAAUGUUUUAUGACUGCAGGAAAAACAUAAUGAAUCUAUAUAGAGAACACUAUUACUUACCUGGGUGAACAAAGAAUAUAAAAACAUUCCAUAAUAAGAAAUUCUUGACAGCACAUCUUCUGGUAAUCAAUGCCUUCAUCGAGUUUAAUUUCGUGGCAUCUUGCCGCUCUUGUGCCGGCAAAUCCUUGUUUGUUUAACUUUUGUUGGAGGCAUGCAUCAGGUCCACUUAUACUGAAACUUUAAAGUAGAAAUGCAGACAAAAUGUUAAACACAGUAACACCAACAGGGGUUAACUGACCUUCGCAUGCCACUAUUAUAGUCAUUACUCAUAUCUGCUCCAUCAGCCUGAGGUUUCACCAGAGAAACCACGGGAACGUGUACAUGACAGAGACUCUCUGAUAAGUGCUGUGCUGCCAGAAACUGCCACAUGAAAUAAUGAAAGGAUGGAAGCAAACCUCAAGGGAAUAUUGGACAUUUUGGGGAAUUUGUUUACUCACGUUCUUGCAGAGACUUAGAUGUUUAAAUCGAUACCACUCUCAUCGUGUGUCCUGUGAAAUGAAGCUACAGCCAGGAGACAGGUAGCUUAGCUUAGCUUAGCUUAGCUUUGCGUGAAGACUGGAAAUGGGGAAAUACCAUAGCUAGCCUGGUUUAAUCAAAAACCAGACUAGCUUUGGGUGAAGCACCUCUAAUGCUAGCUAAUUAGCCUUAUUUAUCUUGUUUGUUUAAUUUGUGUAAAAAGUGGUUUAGUAUUUCCUGGAUGAGAUCUUUAGAGCUGCUGGUUAGCAGAUUUUCUUUCUUUCAGACAGAGGCAGGCUAGCUGUUUCACAGCCCCAGUUUGUACCACUCAUCAUGUAUCAUCUUUAUAUUUAAAGGUGCAAUAUGUAAGAAUUUUGGUUAAAAAACAUUAAGAAAUCAAACUAUCAUGUAAGUUUUGACCCAUCUUUAUUUUGAAGUGGUUGGUUCUAACAUAUUGCACCUUUAAAUCUGUUAUGUUUUUUUUCUCCAGAAAAUAUAUACACAGGAAUCUUUGAAAAACCCAGAAAGUUGGAGCUGCUGUUCUGAAGGUCUGAAGUUAGAGCUAGCAGCUGGUUAGUUUAUCAGGGAUCAGUGGGAGCAACAGCAAGAUUUCCAUGAUGCCAAAAGACUCUUUAAACCAUAUGGAUAGUAAAAUAUUCAAUCUGUUGCUGGAUAAAAGUAUUUUUCAACCUGUUUUCCAAGCUUUUACUCUAUUUCCUGAUCUCGGUUGCCAGAAAUGACAUAUGUCCUUGCUCUGUUUAUAAAACACUCAUUAUUUUUUAUAUAAAAACGCCACUUAUUGGAGAGAUUCUGGCUACUGUCUUUGCUUUGAUUUGGAAAAAGUGACUUGGAAAGUAGUUUAAAAAUAUUUUGUUUAUUGUGCAGCAAACUGAAUAUUUGUUUUCAUCCAGAUGGUCAGAAGAGUCUUUGGAAGCAGUGGAAUGUGUUAUUUAAUUAUCUUCUGGGUUUUUGUUUUUUUUCAUAGAUUCUCUGGUAUAAUUUUUUCAGGAAAUGUGGAUUUUUAAGCGCUGUGACUCAAAUAUAAUGUGAAUACAUGUCAAGCACAAAUUAGGGCUAGCUGUUUCACCCUGUUCUCAGUCUUUAUGCUAAGCUAAACUUACAACCUGCUGACUGUCGCAUCACAUUUAACAGAGUGGAAUCUAUUUUCUCCUCUGACUAUCAGCGCGAGUGUGAGGAUUUCCCUGGAUGUUGAAUUAUUUCUUUAACUAACUGUACACCUCGCACACAAUAAAACACACACACAGACACACUUGCGCUCAGACUCAGUUUAUUUAGAGCACCACCAUCACACAGCACACACUGGUCCACUGUCACUCUUAGCUCAGAUGUUACAAAACUUGGGUGUUUAAAAAGUUACACUUGGCUGAACUGGUGGUAAAAUUGUAAAUUCUGCAUCUAUGGCACAAAAGUGUUGCGUUAGGUGUAGGGUGUAUAUUUCAUUGCAUGGGUACUUUUCUUGUUGUGUUAGCAUUUGUGGACACUGAGGAUUUUGUGUCGCCCGGAGGCAGAAUUUAUGAUCCCUACCACACAAUCAAAACCACAGAUUUCUAAAUGUUCCGUCGCUAAUUGUAACCUUUGAAUCACCUGCUCUGUACCGUGUGUUGGAGAUGGUCCCUCAGCAAUACUGAGCGACAAAAAUGGAAUUUAACCGCUGCUUGUUUUGUCGCCGACUCCUCCUGACAGAUGCAAGAUUGUUUUUACAGAUAGAUAUUUUUAAUUAUACAUUGUCUCAUUUAUUUUUCCUUGCUGAAUUAAUGAGCUCACAGGUUAAAUAAGGGGAACACGGGGAGGAGAAGCUGACUCAUCUGAAGGCUUAAAUGAGUAUGACGGGGAAAAAGGGAAAAAAAGCCUUUCUCCCGGCGAGCCUCGCCAGCUGUCUCGUUGUUUGUUGAUGCAGUGUACUUUUCUCGCUCCACACUCUGUCCACCCUUAAUGGGAGCCUUUCUGCUUUUUUUUUUUUUUUUCUUAGUCAGCCCUCCAGGGUUUCACAUAUUGUAAUUCUGCUCCUGAACCGUGCACUCUUUAGGUUCAACUCACUCUGUGAGGUGCUGCCUGGAGUUGUAAGCUGCUUUUGGUUUUAACGGCUGGUUAUACAGACAUUCUUGCAGUGAGGACUCACAGUUCAGUGUUUCUUUCCGUGAUUAAAAGGGGAUAACUGUCAAGCCUCGGAUAAGGGAAGGUGAUUUAUGUGAGUUUUCUUCAGUAAGGAUGCUCCCUGUUCUCUCCUGCUACAGACACUCCUCCCUGCAGGUGGUAAUUAGCAGCGAGCUGCAGCUGUGGCAGAUUAUGUUGAACCAAAGACGAUGAUCAAAUCUCCUUUAAUAGCAGUAGUGCUUUGUCACAUCUGAUGAGAAAUAGACGUGUCAAAGCUCAUUGUGUCCAGUUUCAUGUUUGACAAUAGGGAUGUGGAGAGUGAAGUAGAGCCAUAUAGAUUUAACUGUCCGGAAUCAUCAAUCCUUUAUGCCUGGGAGACAUUUGAGAUAUGCAUUAAGCGAAACAGGGAGGUUGUUUGUUGAACUGUUCUUGAAUGAGCAGCAGCGAUGUAAACCGCACAAAAAGAGGAGCAUUUUAAAAUAUACCUGAUUUUUUAUUAUUUUAUUUUUUUCCCACAAUUGGAGGUAAGCAAGGGGACACAGAGUUAUGUUUGCUUGUUAUUUAUGUUGACUUUUUAGUG